AUGCCUCGCGCCGCUUCGCCACGCGCGGCGCUCGUCGCGCUCGCCUUUGGGGCGGCAGCCCGCGCCGAGAUGGUCGCCAUGAACAUCGCCGUCGGCGCCGGGUGGCUCGCCUUCGAGUUCGACACGCUGGACGGCCGCGAGGCGUUCGAGGCGCGGGCCAUCCGCUUCGCGGCGGAGAACGGCCUCAACAUGGGCGAGGGCUGCCACGCGCCGAAGACCGACGAGCUCGGCUACGAGUGCGUCGGCCGGCGCAUGGCGCGCAAGAUCAUCGAGGAGCGGGGCCACGAGCGCGUCGUCGCGCCGGCGAUGGCGUCCGUGGCGGGCUACGCGGAGAAGAAGAGCGACGCGCCGUCGGCCGAGGAGGCCGCGACCUGCCGGCGGGAGGUUUUAAGGCUCGCCGAGUCGGGCGCGUGGCGCGGCGUCGACCUCGGGCCCUUCGACGACCUCAACGACCGCGUCACGGCGGCGACGGCGUCGGCGGACCAGGUGCGCCUCGGCCACACGGGGCGCACGUCCGCCGCGCGCCGGUGGUACGUCGCCGCCGCGCGGCUGCCGUGCGUGAAACGGAUCUGCGAGGUCGGGUUCAACGAGGGCCACUCGGCGUCGCUCUGGCUGCUCGCGAACCCGGAGGCGGAGGUCGUCAUGUUCGACCUCUACGAGCAGCCGUCGGCGCCCCUCGGCGAGGCGUUCCUGCGGGACGCCUUCGGCGACCGGCUCUACGUCGUCCGGGGCCCGUCGGAGGUCACGGUGCCGCACUUCGCCUUCUCGCACCCGGCGACGAAGUGCGACCUCCUCGUCGUCGACGGCUCCCACGAGGAGGCCGUCGUGUCCGCGGACAUCGCGAACCUCCGCCACCUCGCGCGGUCCGCGUUCCACCUCCUCCUCCUCGACGACACGGCCGCGUGCCGCGCGGAGUACUGCGCGGGGCCGAACGCGGCCCUCGCGGACCACGAGCGGCGCGGCACGGUCGUCGCGCCCAUCUUCGCCGUCAGCCAGGACCCGUCCUACCUCGACGGCUUCCUCAGCGGCAUGACGGCGACGGCCUACGCGCGGCCCUGGGCGUAA